AUGAUGGAUACUAUGAAAAACAUUCUCAUCAACCCUGCUACUCCAAUCGUUCUCUACACAGCCUACAAAGUCCUCAAUCUCGCAAAACAAGCCAAGCGACUUAAUUCGUUCACCGACCAGCAUUACAAACCAUCUGGUCAGAAUUUUUUCGGCUCCUUUGCCGAGUUUAUCAAAACAAUGCGAAUGUCCAUUGAAGACGGAUCAAUUUCCGAAGAGUUUCUUUUUUGGCGACAACGAAAAUUCAAGGAGUCGCAAAACAGUGCCUUCCCAGGAACUUGGAUUUUCAAAACUCUUCCUUGGCGCCAAUUAAUGUACGUUGCCGACCCGAAAUUAGUCGAAAUGAUGGCUCAAAUCCCCGCUUCCUCAGUCACACAAGGCGGCUUUGCUGGCGAUCUUCUAGAACUCGACUCCCGAGGAUUCAAAAACGGCCUCGUCAUGCUCGAACACGACGACUGGAAGAAACAGCGUAAGAUCAUCAGCCAGAUUUUCCGACGAAACCAGCUCGACAACUACAUUGAAACAAUGGACCAAGCCGCGAUCACUUUCACCGAAAAACUCGCCGAGCAAUCUUCCUACUCAAAAUCCGGCGCGUACGAGAAAUCCCGACUUUUCGUCUACGAAAUCCUCUUCAAGACAAUCUUCGGCGACGCAACUGCCGAGGUGCAGACCGACAAAACUUACGAGCCAAUCAUCAACACAUUCCAAAAACUCGGUGACGCUAUCAAUUCGAAAAUCAGAAGCCUUCCUCUCAUCCUCCUCCUCAAGAAAAUUCCCCUUGGAAUCGAACUCGCCAAGAAAUUCUGGAAGCCGCUUCGAGAAGAACAGGAGCAUCAGCAUUCUAGAGAUAUCUACCUCGAAAAAAUGGUCGAAAAAUCCCGAGCCGACCACAACGAAGGAAUCGAAAACUCCGACUUGACUUCAAUCCUCAUCAGAAGCCAGGAAAAACUCGGAAAACCUGCUCUCUCCAACGCUCAAAUCCACUCUCAUCUUUUCACCUUCCUCUUUGCCGGACAUGAAACUACCCUUGCCGCACUCAGCUGGGCUCUCUUCCAUCUCGGAGAAAACCCAGAAUGCGCCGUGAAGAUCCAGGAGGAGUUUCAUAACCUCGGCGGGCAAAUGAACCGACAAACGAUUUCCAACGCUAAAUACACUGAAGCAUUUAUCAAAGAAAUUCUCCGAAUUCGACAUGUUGUCGACAUGAUGGUUCCGCGAAAGCUUAUUGAAGACGUGUCCCUCCCCGAUGGGCGAGUCCUCCCUAAGGGUCUCCAGUACAUCGUCGACUUGGGCAACAUCCACCGAUCCGAAGCUCAAUUCGGCUCAAACCCAACAAAAUUUGACCCGACCCGAUUCCUCGAGCAGCCGAAAAUGGCCAACAAAAAAGAAGGCAAAUACAGCUUCAUGCCAUUCGGCGGCGGCACUAGAAUGUGCGUUGGAAACCACUUUGCCAUGCAAAUGCUCAAAAUUGCAGUUCUCCGAGUUGCUUCAACCCUAAAAACAGAAAACCAGCACAACGGAGAGGUUCCAAACCAAAUGGAAGGUGUCUCCUGGCGACCGAAAUCUGGAACUUUGGCGCAAAAAUUCACCUCUUUGUAA